AUGAACCUCAAGAUCUUCGUGUUCGUCAGCACCGUGCUCGCUACCUCUCUCGUGUCUGUCACAGCGCAGUCGCAGGUGUGUGGUGCACAGGGCUGCGGAGCCCCGUUCUCUGCCAGCAACAUCCAAAUCAGUUCGUGCUGCUCAAGACAACCAAACUUCAACGAGUGUUGUCGCACUAGCUGCAACCUCGGCUCUCCUUGCCAGUAA